AUGAUCCCAGGCCAGCCACCGCAACCGUCCACUUCUCCCACGCUCCCUGUUUACCGCCAGCCGUUGGUCUACAUUGCCGUACCGACUGGACAGAAUAGCAUUCCUUCAGCCAAUACAGGCGCUCCUGGCCAACAAGUAGUGCAGAACACAAUGCCAACAGAUCCUAGUCAGCACAAAACCGGACAGAUUUGCACUUGUCCACCGGAAGUACACAAAGCACUCAUGGAAGGAAGAUUAAUUCCAAACAUGAAAACGCUGCGCAUUCCCACGUCUCAUAUGGAAUCGGAACAACAAACUUCAACCCCAGUACUGGCCACAUCCACCCCUGUGCAUACAUCUGCUUAUGGUCUUUCUCUGAAUGUCCCAAAACCAACUGUCAUCUCACCCAACUUGGUCGCGAAUGUUGGUCAGCCACAUGGAUAUCGACCAGUUCAACUGAUACUGAUUCCAACUUCUUCUUCAACCGGAUUGACACAGUACAUGGUAUCACCAAAUGUGGGAAACUCGACACCAAAAAACGACUUAACUUUGACAGAUAGACCUCAAGUCCCGCCUGAUGUACUGGUUACCUCAGCUCAAAGCAAACAACACGCUUUCGCAGACAUCGCCGGUCAAACUGGACAAGAAGUUCGCAUUCCUGUCAGUUGUAUGGAAAGUCAGCUGGCACAUUUGUCGGCCUGGGUACAACAGUUGCAAAAAUCCCCUGGGACGACGAUCACUUCGCAUCAGUUGGCAGGAUAUUCCCAUCGGUAUUGUGGAGCAAACGCAUGUCGAGUGGUUGAAGGCCAAGCAAAAGCGCCAAGCUUAGACACGGAGCUGUCCUACACUCCGAGCAACUCCAGUCUUGAUAGUGCCUAUUCAAAUCGAAGCACUACCAGUUCUGACUCCGGACACAAUCGUAGCGAACUUGUCAAACCUCAUUUAAUGCCAGCUGUGCCCGAAUAUCAUGACACCAUGAAUCACCCUGUCCGACCUCAACCACAAGCUGUUUCGACAGAAGCGCAAACCGUCAAGCCUGUGAAUCCAGUGGUGCUUGAUCCAACAGCGACCCAUCCCGAAUACUGUCACGUGAUCACUGUUCCCAACUGUUCAGGUCCUGUUAACCACACACUUAUCGGACAGUACCGCGCAGAAAUGCAACUGCUGAAAAACAAAUUACAGCUCGUGCAGACCGAACUGUCCAACGUCAGGUCGGAACUGUCGAUACUCCGCAGGGCAGAACAAGCGGGAAUGACACAACAUCGAGAAGUCAUUGAAAGCAUUAAGGAGCAGGUCAAGCGCCUGACUCAAAAUUCGAUUGAGGUUGACAACACCCCUGUACAGUUGGCACGAAGCAACAUCAACCAUGAACUAUCAGUGUACUCGAAAGAAGCACUCGAGACAGAUGAGUGGAUAAGAGAUUUGGAUAUAGCUAUCGAAGACCUCCGUGUUUUGGCCCUCACGCGGCGCUCCAGGAUUCAUCUACCAGACAUUGAAACGCUUAAUCUACAUCUCACACGAGUCGGACAUCGACUGAAAAAUUUCAAAGAUGAACUUCCGAAGAUCUGCGGUGCUCUCAGAAGAGUAAUGGAUGCUGAACUCCGAAACAUCAGUCGGAAUCAAAAAUUUAUCGAUUCGGAGUCAAAUCGAAUUGACGAGGCUCUGGAACGAUGCAAGCAAAUGACCAGCACACUAUUCACUCUCAAAAGGCUUGGAGCUGUGCAGGAACACAGUGUUUGUGAGAACAUUCCGUGUGUUCGUACCGUUCGGGAACCGACAGCAGAUGACAGACGAAAGCUGAUGGAUCGGAUCGAUACUCUUAUUCCAGAUCAUCAAGCAAGAGAACGAUGCAUCCAGUUUUGCCUUGCUUUGAAGGAGAUAAAAAGAACUAUAAACAACCUGACCGCUGCUAUACUCAUAUCUACACUUCACUCGAACAACUA